AUGGCCGGUGCCACAGCGGUAGGAAGCCAGCAACUCAGCUCGUCUACGACUUCUCUUCGUCCAGGCUUGGGUUCUUCACCUCCACAGGUCUCGUCACAUACUGACAAGUACCGACGAGCCAGCGUGGUCAAGGUCCCGAGCCCGCUGAAGCAAGCCACAUCGAGCAGCCCCCCCGCCGUGCGUUCUGUUCUUCAAAGCGUCCAGCUCCCGCCUCUGGGACCUUUGGCAAAACCGCCCAGCUCACAGUCGACCAUCAGCGUCAAUGAGACCCCUUCUCGUCCCAAAUCCAGCCUCUCUGUGCCCGGUGGCCAGUUUGGCUCGGUGUUUGACGACGACGACGAUCCAUUUACCACAUCCUGGCCCGACCGUCAGACAUCGCAAAAGGGUGCCUCUAGCAAGCAAUGUUCUGCAUCAGGGGCCGAAAAAGUCGCCCACCAGGUCGCUAACGCGCGCUCCGUCACCCGCCAUGGCUACCGCGGCCCAGUUGAAGUAGGCAAUUUCGUCUGUCUGAUCAACCUUCACACCGGCCAGCCCAGCCCAAUCGCAGUGAGCCAGACCGACGGCAAGGGCGGCACGAUCACUCGUGACAUUCGUUCUGGGAAGGACCUCAGGGAAAUCAUGCCUUCUGAUAAUGGCAAUGCCGUGUGGGGCAGGAACGGCGAGUUCAAGGGCUUCGAGGAUUCCAUCGCUGCUGCUUGGGUUUACGGCCCUGGUUAG